ACUAACGGCGCGCAGGUCAACAAACUGAAUUAAGUACGCCAUUGUUCCGCGGCUAUAAAAGUGACUUUAGCUGCAUUAUAAUUGCGGAGGCUUUCAUUAUGGCUGGAAAGGGUAUUCGAGUGGAACCCCCGUUCCUAGAAUUCAAGGAUAUGAAAGUUGGGGACGUUUACAAGAAGGCAGUCUCGAUAACAAAUAUUGGGAAAGUAUCCAGGAAGAUAUUAGUUGAAAAGCCAGCGCUGAAGAUCUUUAAAUUAAUCAGAUUGGGUCAAGCUUGGUUUUUGCCACCGGGCUUUUGUAUUAGAGGCACGCUGGAGUUCACUCCAGUUACUGAGGAGAAGGUCAAAGACUCCAUUCAGAUAAUUAUAGACGAUGAGGAGCUCCUCGAAGUUCCGGUAACAGGACUUCCCAGGUUUCCCUCUUUCACCAUGGACUCAUUGCUAGACUUUGGAUACCUUGUCGCGGACAGUCAAGUGGUCAAAAAACGUCAUCUAAUUAUCAACAACGGAUCAGCACCUGGUCGAUUCGAAGUGAAGCAUAAGAGGAGUGAAUCGUUCUCCCUCCAUAUCCACCCGUCACACGGAAUCGUAGAAGGUGGUUCCACCAUGUGGCUGACAGUAGAACUGCAUGCAGACAGACCUGGGCGUAUUGCUGAAGAAGCUCUGGUGAAGCUCCAGGAUUCCCCAGCUGUUCUUAGUAUCAAGGCUGAAGUGGUGGAGCAGCAUCUUGAGGUUUCUGACAUGCAGGGCUUCCCCCUUUCCUGUUUGUGGUUUGGACCUGUCUACUUUGGGGCCUCCAGCGAGCAGAAAGUGGUACUAAGAAAUAACUGUCCCAUUUCUUGUGACUGGGUCUGCCUGCUGCUGGAUAAAGCUGUUGGUAUUGAGGCUGGAACAGAACUUCAGAAGAGCACAGGCACCGCCCUGCUGGAGAGGAUGAAGAACUGCAGCUCAGCCAGACAUUUUGCUUUCCAGGUCUUGGAGUGUGUGCCUGCACAUGGUCGACUGGAUCCAUAUCACACAACCACAGUGGUAGUACGAUUCAGUCCCAAAUCCAGGAGGAGAUGGCGUAGUACUUUACCUAGGCGACAGGACUACUCUCUGUUUCUCGUGUUUGAUAUUGUGAGCUGCAAACAUGGCUUCACUCAACCUACAGUUGACAGCAGCGUGGAGGUGGCAGUAACCGGUUCCGGAAUCCCCGUGGCUCUGGUGCCGUCUCCCUCUGACACGUUUGAUUUCUCCCACUGUGCAAUGGGCCAACAUUCAGAUCUUCUGUGCGUGCUCCAGAACCUCUGCCCUCAACUUCCAAUCAGAUUCCGCUUUCGCAAGUUGGCACACUUUACUGCCCAUCCACCAACGGGAACCAUUGCCCCUGGGCAGUGCCAGGAUGUAGUUUUGACUUUUAAUGCACGGCAGCAGGGAACCUUCCAGGUACGUCAGAAGGUAGAUGUCCUAGGUUGGGUUGCGUCUCAGAAAAAUGGCUGCUCCAAUGAAAUUGGCUGCUUCCACACAAUAUUGUUACACCUAUCUGCAAUAUGUGACAGUGUGAGGAUACCCCCACAACCAAAACUACAUUCUGCUCUAAAGUGUCCCACCGGGUUACGGCCUUGCGUCCAGUUGAGAGAUCUGGAUCACUGCAGCAAGUUGGGCCGUAUUGCCACCGCAAAGCUACACAAGCAUCGCAGGGACAUGAGCCCAAUCACAGAUAUAAACGAGUUCCUGGCUUUCCCCAAUGAUCGGGCCGCGAGCAUCAGACCAGCAUCACCACACACACAAUAUAGGACCAUUUUUACCGGAGUGCGACGCUACCGCUAUGUGGACCGCACCUAUGCUUUCACUAAGGAUGAGGACGAGCUGAGACGGCGCAACCAGCAGACUUACAUUAACUUUAUCAAGCAAAGAUGGCAUGAGAAGACCGUGGAAAGGCAGCCACAGACUGGGAAUGACGGUGUUCUUGAGAUUGAUACACAUAAUGGACUUGUUCCUCCUGUGUUCAACAUCAGAGACCUGGAUAGCACCAAGAACUCAGACAGGGACCCUAGUUGCAGUUCAAAACACUCGAGUGAAAUUACAAACAGUGGGGACAGUCAGGUUAGAUCAAAAAUUUUUGAAGCAGUGAAUACAGUUCCAUCUACCAGACAGCAGGUGGCAGACUGUAGGAGGACUCUGGCUCCUCUGGAGCUCUACCAAGUCGACAUAACUCCCUCGUCUGUGAACUUUGGCACAGUGGCUGCGCAGUCAGUGUGCUCUACUAAUGUGCAUCUCGUCAAUCGCCUGCCGGUGCACGUCUGGGUUGAGCUGGAUGUGGACUGCAUUGAGCUGCAGGGCUCCUCAAUGCUGUCCCAAGUCUUGCCUCCCUUCUUCCACAGCAUCUUGCCCCUGACGUUUCAGGGCACGCUGCAUGGCCGCUUCAGAAGGUCCUUGAGCUACACUGUCAACCAGCAGCACCCUGGUCAGAUCCUAGUCCAAGCUGAGGUGGUCCCCUUGGCUCUGGAGCUGUCCAGCAACCUGGUGGUGCUCACCCCCAACCCAGUGUUGCUCGCAGGAUCAGAGUACAGAGGCAUAGUGACCCUUCGAAACCUGUCCAACUGUGUAGCAGAAUUCUCCUGGAGGCCAGUUAUCCCAGAGAGCGGCCUGCUGUUAUACUCUAUUCGACCAUCUACAGGCGUGGUGGAGCCACACAUGGAAAUAGACUGCGAGAUAAAUUGGCAUCCCGGUUUUAAUUCCCCUACUGAGGGAGACUUUGACCUUUUUGUCCAAGAGGGAAUCCCCCAGCGCCUGCACUGUGUUGCCAAGGUUGGAUCCACUACUGUCGAGCUGGCAGAAAAGAGAAUCCUUUUCACCUCGGUACCUCUCAACACAACUUCCGUCAGAUCCACUGUCCUGCACAACUCUGGACAGUACCACGCCUAUUUUGAGGUUGUAGACAUUUGCCCUCUGCCUGGCAUGGUAGUGAGUCCAUCUGUAGGUGUUGUACCAAGCAGAGGUCAGGCCAUGAUUCGCAUUCAGUUCAACCCAGACUGUAUCUUUAAAUUUGAUUCCAAGAUUGAGAUAGCGAUGAAGACCAUGAAGUCCAUCCAGCUAAGAGUUGGAGGAUCAGUAGAGCCUCCGAAUGUAACUUUCAGCAAGUUUAAUUUUCAGUUCUGUGGAGUCCACAUUGGAUCUCAACAGAGGAUUCCUUUCUCCAUAACAAACCACUCUGCGGCUCUUUCCCAAGUCACUUUUGAUCUGUCAAAAUACAAAGACUUCUCAAUCAAAGGCCGCCAGCCCUCCACAAAAAAGGAGCUGGGAAUAACUGUGAUGGAGGUUGGUAGUGGUCAGACAGAGGAGUGUUUCCUUGUCUUUUCUCCCACGCAGGUGACCGACUACAACUUCGUACUGCCAAUAAUGGUCAACGGAGUUAAAUGGCCCACUUCGUUGCCCUCUUUUUUCACCUCGUCGUCUUCUACUACUCUACUGCUGACACCUGACAGCAGGAAGACUAUGACGACGUCUACCACUUUAUCCACAGACGAAGAACAGUCAUUGUCAGUAGAUGCCACAGCUCUGUUUGCCCCAGUGGAAAUGUCCUCCACUCGCCUGCAGUUUGUUGUUGUGUCACAUUCUCCUACAUUCCCUCAGAUCGUCGAGCUGAAAGCUAAGGGUGAACAGAGCAUCUGCUGGAAAGCUGUCGCAGGAGAAGGCGUCCGUUGGUGGUUUGACCUUGGCACCGCAGAAGAGCUGUGCGCGGUGGCUCCAGCGUUUGGCAUUCUCAGGCCUGGCCAGUCCGUGUGCUUGGCAGUCACCAUCAACCCUGAGGCCACGAAAAACGGAGAAAAAAUAACCAAAGUGUCCAUUCCAAUGUAUUUAAGAGGGGAGGGAGAGGAAGGAAGACAAAUAAAUAAAGAACAGCAUCCUUAUAGAAAGCUGUCAGUCAUCAUUCUCCUCAGUCGUCCAAGUAUCGUCUUCUCCCCCCGUCAGAUCCUCUUCACCCCUGUUCCACUGUCAAAGAGCACAGAAACCAUGCUAUCCUUGCAAACUGCUGGCUAUCCAUGCGGAACAACCAUAUCGGCGGAAUGCGAAAAGGUGGAAACGAAGGAUGGAACUAAGAUCCAGCCUAUUUCUGUCAACUUUCCUCAUGGAAACCGUAUCUAUACCCAGAACAUCAGCGAGGGAACCAAAGUUAUCUCUCUACUGUGUGAAGUGUCGUUCUGCUCUGCUGUCCCGGUGUCAUUGUGCACAACCGUCACCUUCAGUGACCACAUGAAAAACAAAUUCAAGAUUAAGGUGUGUGCAGUUGCUGAGAACUGUCUGCUAACGGCCUGGCCCUACUUGGCGAUACACCACAACCAUCAACAUGUAGUUCUGCAAGCAGGAGCCACAUCUGUGGAGGCUAUUCUUCUGAACUAUAACACACCAAGUCCCGCAUCUGGCCCGAUCACAUCGUCAUCCUCGUCGUCAUCGUUUGACCACUACAGCUCAGCAUACUGCACCUCAGAUACCUUGUCAAAUUGUCACAGUAUGGAUGAACAAACCAGCAAAGAUGAUAAUUCCUCUGCUAAAAGUGACACCCCAGCCAGUCUUUCUAUCCCAAGAUUCCCUGUUGCCAGGUCAGAAGAAACAAAAUUUUACCAGAAAGUAUUACUGACUGUAGAGAAGUGGUUUAGCCUCUAUGGAUGGCCCAGUGGAACAAACCCCAUAUGUAUACCUCACAGUCUCAGAAGAGUUGUGUUCGCAGUUCAAACAAGCGACUCCAAUGGGCGAGCGUUUAGUGUCACCCAAAAUAAAGAUACAAGGUCUGUACUGGAUAUGCUUGAGCAUUUGAGCGGCAGAAUGAUACCUCGUAUCCCUAUGUGCCAAACAUUUUCAAAAGAUAUACACCAGCGCACUACUCAGCUGCUACAACAGAAUGAAGCUAUGCUGGAAUUUCUCAGGGUGCAGGGAGCCUGUCUUUGUCACAUCAAGCCUGAGUACCUGCUGGAUGUUGCGGAGUUUAAGCACUGGUGCUCCUUGCAGGAAAAAGACUCAGAGAAAUACUUGGAUUGUAACUUUUUUGACUUUUGGUCUCUGAGCAAACGCUCAUGGACUGAUGUGCUCCUGCAGAUCUACAAGGUUCUGGUGUUGAGUCAUGUACCAGAGGACACCCUACAUGAACCUUUGUACCCCAGGGACACAGAGGACGCCCUUCUUGAUGGCUCCCAUGCUCUGACCAGUACCAUCUACUCACUACGGGAGCUUCACUUGCUGUCAUGGCUUAACAUGAACUACCAGAAGAUGAGGAAGAUCGUGUGGGAAGCAGGUAGAGUCCCAACGUCGCGCUGGAUCGUUAAUUUUGAUUUGGACUUCGCAGAUGGUCUGGUGCUUGGUGCGCUGAUUGCCGCUCACUGCCCUUAUCUGAUAAGAAGCCACUUCCGGAGGAUGUACACCACACCUUGCAACUCGCCGCAGAUCUUUCACAAUAGCAUUAUUGUGAUUCAAGCUUUAAUUUUACUUGGUCUCAGCUUAAACAUGAAGUCCACAGAGCUGUGUGAGAUUAACCCAGUGCAGACGUUAUUUCUGUGUGUUCACCUGUAUGAGUCUCUUCCUCAUUACAUGCCAUCAGAGACCCUCACUCUGUCAGGACGUCUGCACAGCACAUUCAGCAAGCAGGUGUGCCUGAAGAACCCUUCCUCCAGGCCGCUCAGAUACAAGGUCCUCCUUUUAGGGGAAGAUGCCCAUCUGUUCUCUGUCCCUGGUAGCUCUGUGGUCACCGUUUCCGCAGAGUCAGACUUUGAGCUGACCGUCCAGUUCAGGUGUUGCUUCCUGCGCCCCAUAAAGGCGGUUCUUCUGCUCAUCGCCAGCUCUGCUUUCGGCCUCCGCUGCGCCACGCUUGCUUUCAACCUUAAGACGUGUGUCACUCAAAUCACACCGAUAAAUUCACUCCAGUUGACUUCCCCAUGUUACCAACUCAAAGUGAUAAAUGUGCCACUGACCAACAAUUUCAACAAAAAAGCUUAUUUCAGGGUGGUGCUAGUGGAGUCUUCCUACAACCCACUUGGGCCUGAAAUGAGAAAAGAUAGGCUUUCUCAACAAAAGUCACCUAAUGACAGUGAGAAGGAGAAGGAUGCGACUUCCGAUACGGUUGAUGGAGAUCAGUUUGAAGAAGGAGAAGACAAUGAGUUCCUGAGUACAGAGAGGACUGUUUAUCUGAAGCCAGGCCAGCCAGGCAAUCUGAGGAUACUCUACAUGCCCUUCUUUAUAGGAACCAAAUACUGCUCUGUGCUGCUGCUCUCCCCUCAGGUGGGAGAUAUGGUGUACGUGGUGAAGGCUACAUCAGAAAUUCCGCUUCCUUCCCCCCUUCCCGCGAGUCCAACUUUAAUUCCAGGGAAGUCUGACACAUGUGGGUCUUUCCUAAGCUUUCAAUGUACGGUUGGAGAAGUUUAUGAGGAGAUGCUGCGGGUGCCUCUGGUUAACAAGUCUUUGGAGGACGCUCUAGCUGUCUGGGCUCAGCAAUGCAUUAGCGCUAAAGAACGCGGGAGGCGGAUGCUGACGCGCUCUUUGCACAGCAGUACAGUGAGAGCAGCCAUAGCCACGCAGAAGCACCUCAAAUGUUCGCUCAUAGAAAGUAUUUACUACAAUGAAGCGUUGCAGUACAAAGUGGAAGUUUCUUUGCCGCAUUUCUUUGAUCUUCCCAAGACUGUUACCAUACCUGUAAAAGAAAACAUAAAUGUACCAUGGGACGCUUUAACAGUGUGUGACUGUGUGGACAUCCCACUGCGUUUCCAGGCACACUCGGUGGGGGAGCUCACCUGCAACGUGGUGCUAACGUCCUGUUUCGAUACCAGAGUGUACCAGCUCAAGGCUUUCGUCACUCAGCGGGAAAAUGCAACUCACUUGGACUUCAGUUCACCAGCUCUGCAGUCAGUCACACAACACAUACCUUUGCUCAAUGAGACUCUUCAGAACUGGAGUGUGCAAGCUGAAGUGUGCGGCGAAGGAUUCUCAGGCCCAGACGUCGUAGAUAUUCCCGCAGGAACAAAACAGAUCUACCCCCUCACCGUCCUUCCCACCUCCCAAUGCAUUGCUACGGGCAGGCUGUGCUUACACAAUGACUUUGACGGUACGGAACACGUGUUUACCCUCAGAAGAGUGGGAGAGCCCCCCCUGCCGCUGGAUCAUAUCGUGCUAUCCUGCCCAGUGGGGAAGACCACAUACGCUAAGCUGGACAUCCCCAACUACACCCAGAAAACCCUCACUCUCAGGGCAGUGACAGACCUGCCGAUUGUGAGUGGUAGCCCUUCUCUAGAGAUUAGCCCUGAACAAGGCUCUCCAUACACCCUGGCUGUGUCCCCUUGGAAACGAGGAGAAUACACAGGCUCAGUAUCAUUUAUUGAACAUGGUGACAUGGAUGAGAGAGAGAACAACAAAGGAAAUUCAAUUGGAAACUACAUAGUUAUUUUUUCACUUGUGGUAAAUUGUAAACCAGAAGCACCAAUCAAGGUCAUUGAUGUACAGUGUGUUGCUAAGAGCUCAGUUGCCAUAGAGAUACCUGUCAGUAACCCAGGAGAAGAGCUGCUGACACUGGAUGUGUGCCUGGAAGGAGGCGAUCUGUCGGGGGCCAGCCAGUUCUCACUUCCCCCAUGGGGGACUCUGAGCUACAGAGUUACCUACUCUCCUGUCAGCGUAGGGAAGGGCACAGGCAGUGUGGUGUUCCAGUCAGAGCUAAUAGGGGAGUUCUGGUACCAACUGGAGCUCUAUGCUCUUCCUCCAUCAGUCGUCACGAUCCCACAAGCUCACUGUCAUCUGGGCAAAUGGGUCAGAAUAAAUAUUCCUCUGGUCAACCCUACAGCUGAAACGCUGAAGCUGUUUGUAGCUAACUCCAAUCCCAGACACUACUCACUGGAGAUGGAUUCAGCAGAAACCAUCAUGCUGGCACCAAAGUCAUGCAUCCUUGUUGGCGUUCGCUUUAGUCCUUCAUCCAUUGGAGAGGAGAACCACCAUGGAAAGAUCUCUUUUACAUGUUCUCAGUUGCAGGAUUGCUGUGUUUUGUUGAGUGGGUGUGGCCUCAGGCCAGAGGUCGAGGAACCUUUGUGUAUGUCCUGCUUGAUUGGUUCCAGUACCUCCAUUUCUGUUCCAAUUUUAAACCCUACCGAUCACCAAGCCACACUCAACAUAACUCUUACAGCCGAAGACCCAAAUGAUGCGUCUAAUUGCAAACCAAUCAGUGACGAGAAGGCCUUCUCUUGCACUCUGGAUCAUGCUGAAGUUUUGCAGAUCAGCGAAAGAGCAACUGUUGGUGUGCCAGUUGUGUUUACGCCUAAGACCGUGGAGUUGCAGAAGGCCUGGCUUUGCGUCACCAUGAAGCCCAUAAGCGGUCAGGACUCCACAGGGUCAAGUGAAGAGCUCUUGCACAUAUCUUGGAUUUACCCCCUGCGCGGCAUCCCGGUGGAGGCUCCGUUUGAGAGCUCCCCUCAUGCUGUACUCCAGUGUGAAGUGGGGGGCCAGCUUGAACAUACAGUGGAUGUGCAGCUCACCGGGUAUGUGCCAGGGAACCAGGAGCUGAGGGGGCAGCAGGGUCUGAUGGAGGACUUUCUGUGCAAGGUGCGUUCGGCCUCUGGAACGGCGCGCUCAAGGCCUGACAACUAUCUCUCCAUUUCCAUCAAGGCGGCAAGGAGAGAUCCUGAGAGUGGCGUCAUCAUGCUCACCCUCUGUCUGAUCUACACGCCACGCAGGACACGCAGGUUCUCAAGCGUCCUAGUAGUUCAGUCUUCGACCUGCAAGGUCUGGGAGUUUCCCUUGAUUCUCAUUGCUACGAAGCCUCAGGUGGAUGACGUUGUUCAUGUAGAAACGACUGAGAUAGGGAGGACCUCCGCCGUGGGUUUCCGCCUGACCAGCACCACCAGGAGGUCGAUGCCAUUCAAAGCAACAUUCCUGCCGGGCAGCAGCACCGAGUUCACCGUGGCUCCGGCCUCUGGGAUGUUGCCUCCUGCUGGCACAGCCGGAGCGCUCAUCUCUGUGUUCUUCACCCCCACUGCAAGCUGCAAGAGACACAGAGCCAGGCUGGCCGUCCAGGCAGCAGACAUGCAGUGGAUUUAUGACGUGAAGGGGAAAACCUCUCAGGACCACCAGCUCCUCCGUAAAUCAUCCCCCAAGGACAGCCUCCCAGCUCCUCUUCCCCCCAGAGAACGCCGGCGUAACUUUGUGGUCCAGAACCUUCGCAUUCCCUUUCUGGCUAACUCGUCCCCUGUCAAAGUCAAAAAAUAAUUAUAAAAAUAAUAAUAAAAAGCCCAGCCUUCUUUUAUUUUAAAUACAGAUUUUGUUUGAGUAUUUUUCAGAAACCGGCUGAAUGUUACGGUAUGUAUUUUCACACAUGCACAUGCGUCACAUCGUCUCUUAAACCACAAGGAAAGUUUUCUCAUCUUCUCUCGGCUCAUUAACUGCAUGAUGGUUCCCAUCAGCAGCUGUAAUUAGCUAUUUCUCUCCUGAUGCCAAAAUGUAUUUAGUCUACCUUUGGGAAGAAAAUUAAAGCUCAAUCCGCCCGAAUUAAUGCUGCCCCAAUCCUUUUUUUUUUUUUUUUUUUUUGGGAUUACAGCUUUUCUUUCAACUAGUGCAAGGAAAAGAGCUCCAUCGUUAUAAAUCUUGGGAUAGGAAUGGCAUGUUUAUGUCAUUCUUCAAAAGUAUUCUUUUUAUUUUUUGCUGUAAUGACACGUUCACUCCGCAGUGCCCAUGAACUUUCACACAUCCAGCACAUCUGCGAAUGUGACUGCUGAAUUACUAUUUCUAUCUAGAUUCAUGUACAGACUUAAAUGAAAUGAAUUUUUUAAUUUUAUUUUUUGUUAACUUUUCUUGUCCAGCAAUGUGGCACACAUGAAAUUGUUUUGCGAAAUUAAAAUUUGAGAAAGAUGUUAAGCUUUACUAGAAGUUGC